GGUAGGUAGGUAGGUACCAAGAGAUCUUUUCGUCUCUUCUUCCGUUCGGAGUUUCAUCUAACUUAGCAAACCAUUCCAUCUCUUUUCCACGUUUUUUUAUGGUUUUUUUAAUCUUUGUAAUUCACAGUCUUUACCUUGCCUCAACCUUCCUUACCCAACAGCAUAGCAUCGAAUCUUGCUUGUAUCUCGUCGUUCGUUCUCUGCUUUUGAUAGCAAUUAUAUCAAUCAAUCCUUACCUACACAAAAUCCUCGCUCUCUAUCCGCAUUGACAUUUGACCGGACUUCGCAUUUCAAUCCCCAAUACUCUUUGGAGAAAUUUAUCCUAAUCAAGAACCCUUUACAUUUUGCGAUCGGACCCAAUUGAACUUGGGGGACGUUUCUAGAAGAAAGUGUAUGACAUAGAAGAGACGAAACCAUACAAUUGACUAUCCAUAUUAUCGCAUUUCUCCAUAGACAUCCUUAAAUCCAACAUCACUGCGUCAUUCAUCCUAUACUCAAGUAUUUUACCGCCUUUAAUCUAUCCAUCGCAAAGGAAUAGGUACCAACACAGCCUAGCCGCUAUAUGCUCAACAUUUAAGAAUCAAUCGAGGGAAUUGAGAGGUUGGAGUACAAAGAAUCAUCUUGCGCGUCAUGGCAAAUCUGGUGAGAUCGUCGAGCGUUUUACCCACGAUAAAAUGUUCGAGUUGCGCGAGGGAUAUCGAAAUUGCUAUGAUGGGGGAACACAUUUGCUCUGGACCUGCUCCUGCCGAGGAACGUAAGUUUUGAGUUCUGCAUAUGUAAUAUGGUAUUAUACUAAAUAUGUUCAUGUAGCUACACCACCUCUUGAAUUAAAUACCACUUUGGACAGAAUGCCAUAUAAUCAGCAGUCAUCCAAUGGCGUGAAUUCCUCGAAGUCUGGAAGAACAAUGCUUCCAAGGGUUGAUACAUCAGCUGCGAGUACGUUGAAGAACUUCCUAACAAUUAAAUUUAUACUAACCAUCUCAAUAGACCGUACUUUCUUCCAACAAGAUCAAUUUACUCCCGCGAGUAGUGCUUCUCUUUCUCGAAGUGCUUCACCAUUAACUCCUCACGAUCGACUUCGAUUACCUUUCGGAAAAUCCUCACGAGUCAACGAAUCUUCAUCUAUACAAAGACCUCUUUCACCAGCUCAAUUAUCAUCGAAUCUAGACUCUGCAUUUCCUCGUUUCCCUAUACCAAAAGUGACUGGAUCACCUCAACUUAAGAGUGCAUAUGGUAGCCAGCCAACCAAAUAUGAACAGGCAGGUUUGGUGGGGUUCGCUUCUUCUAAUAUCAAAGUACAAAAGAAACCCAGGAUAGCUGCGAAUGAUGCUUUUCCACUAAAAUUCGAAGCACCCUCGCCAGAACCAUUUACGAACAAUUUAAAAAAGACUUUGGGCUCUAGUGAAGAGCGGAUUCAUCAGAGAAACCUUACUAUGGAACGUAAGAACGGCAUGAUCUCACCACCUUUGACUGCUGAGUCUGAGCAAAUUGACCGAACACUUUCGAGAGCCUCUGGUCAUUCUAGGACUUCAACAAAUAGCUCAAGUAGUAAUUUUCCAUUGCCACCGCGCAGUAAAGGUUGGGCUGAACCUGGGUUAUCGUCUGGGAUAGGAGAACACUCUCAGGAGCUUUUACGUCCAGAAGCUACAAGAUCACAAACUUUUCCUCGGAGAAAGGAGAGUUUAGACCUAAACCAAUCGAGUAGAAGUAGAAACCCAUCAGUGUCAAGUAACGGCGUUGGUCGGCGGGAAUCUAAUGAUAGAGGUCGAAAUGUAUCACUAUCUGGUCCUGAUACUUCAAGAGCAUUGCCACCACGUGGUGCAAGUCUUAUUCGAGGAAGAUCAGGACAUAAAGCUGGAGACCUUCCACCUUUACCAAAUAUCAACUUGGAAGCAGAAUUUGGGGCGAAUAAUCCAUAUCAUUCUGCGUCUGAUUCUCAGUCAUCAAUUCAUUCAAAUCAUUCAUCUUUUUCACAAGGAAGCAAGACUAGUUCGAGAUCUAGUCCACCAUCCACGGCGGAUAAUGAUUAUCACAGGAGACAGCACUCAAACCCUAGAAUGUCAGAUCUCAUGUCUGAAAUAACUUCUUCAAUGGCAAAUAUUUCACCACAAGACACUUAUCCCAGACUAAGCGAUUUAGAACCAGUAAGAGAACAGGAAUCAUAUUCGCCUUUCAAUCCCGCAUUUCAAUCUCAAAAUUACGCCACGAAUUCGAAAGCUCGUUUAUCCCCCACACCUCGUGUUCCCUCACCCGCGCCUCUUAAACCCCGCAAUCGUGAACCCUCACCUGCGCCACUCAACCCUCGAUUACGCAACAUCUCACCAGCCCCUUUAAAUAACUUCCAAAGAUCUAAUACAGCUCCACCACUCGAUCAAGACAAACCACUACCCAAUCUCCGCCGCCCAGUUACUUCAAAAGGAAACUGCAAAGCUUGUACACUUCCCAUAAAAGGAAAAUCAGUCUCAUCUGCCGACGGUCGAUUAACAGGACGCUAUCAUAAACCAUGCUUUGUUUGCACAACCUGUCGAGCUCCAUUCCUCACCUCGGAAUUCUACGUUCAUAACGAUGCACCAUAUUGCGAACAUCAUUACCAUCAAUUAAACAAUUCAUUGUGUCAUGGAUGUGAUAGGGGUAUCGAAGGACAAUAUUUGGAAAGCGAGAAAAAGGAAAAAUUCCACCCUACAUGUCUGAAUUGUGCGGAUUGUAAAAGGAAUUUAAGACAUGAUUAUUUUGAAAUGAAUGGAAAGAUUUAUUGUGAAAGAGAUGCUUUUAGAAGGGCUCAAGAGGAACGAAAAAGAGGUCCCGGAGCUGGAUUAUUAGGUCCAGCAACGACGAAAAUGGAAAGGAGAACUACGAGGUUAAUGAUGAUGUGAUGAGAUUAGAGGAUCUGGACUCGAAAGAUGGUAUGACCUGAUGUGAUGGGAUGGACUUGGACUUAAAUUAAAGAACUUGGGCGGGUCGAAAGGAAGGAAGGAAUUUGACCUGAUAGUCUUGAUCUUGGCCUUUGGUCUCGGACUUUAAUAAUUGUUUUUUGUUUUUUAUACCUAUUAUACCAUACAGUCUUUAAAAAUAGACUCGCGUUGUUGUUGUAUAUUUUCUUCUAAAGGGCAUGCAUACAUGGCGUCGUCGCAUUAUAUCCUUUCCUUUUGAUGUUAUUUCAAUUAUUGUAUCAAGAUCAUAUCUCGGUUUCUAAUAUUGUUGUUUCUAUACCCUUCCUUACUUUUACAUCUUGUCCUUUGUAUUUUCUUUUAAUUUCAUCUAUUAAAUUUCAAUUCUCAUAUUUUCC